GGGGUGAUGCCAUGCCCCGCAACCACGGCGGCGGAGAGGAGGGCGGCUCCGCGGGGCUCUGGGUGAAGAGCGGCGCGGCAGCGGGCAUGAAGGAUGUGGAGUCGGGCCGGGGCAGGGCGCUGACGAGCUCGGCGGCCCGCGGCGACGGCCUGCUGCUCCUGGGCACCGGCGGCGCGGCCGCCCCCGCCGGGCUGCGGGAGGGCCGCCGCGGGAAGCACGGCGCCCGCAUGAGCCUGCUGGGGAAGCCGCUGUCGUACAGCAGCGGACCGAGCUGCCGCAGGAACGCCAAGUACCGCCGCCUGCAGAACUACCUGUACAACGUGCUGGAGCGGCCCCGCGGAUGGGCCUUCGUCUAUCACGCCUUCGUUUUUCUCCUUGUGUUUGGUUGCUUGAUUUUGUCCGUGUUUUCUACUAUUCCUGAACACACAAAACUUGCCUCUGGUUGUCUCUUCAUUUUGGAAUUUGUCAUGAUUGUUGUCUUUGGUUUGGAAUUUAUUAUUCGUAUCUGGUCUGCUGGGUGCUGCUGUCGAUACCGAGGAUGGCAAGGAAGACUGCGCUUUGCAAGGAAACCCUUCUGUGUAAUAGACAUCAUUGUUCUCAUCGCUUCAAUAGCAGUUGUUUCUGCAAAAACUCAAGGUAACAUUUUUGCAACAUCAGCACUGAGAAGUCUUCGUUUCCUACAGAUCCUUCGUAUGGUGCGCAUGGACCGAAGAGGAGGCACUUGGAAAUUAUUAGGUUCUGUAGUUUAUGCACAUAGCAAGGAAUUAAUCACAGCCUGGUACAUAGGAUUUUUAGUACUCAUCUUUUCAUCUUUCCUGGUUUAUUUGGUGGAAAAAGAUGCAAAUACUGAAUUCUCCACGUACGCAGAUGCUCUCUGGUGGGGCACAAUCACAUUGACAACCAUUGGCUAUGGAGACAAAACUCCUCUUACUUGGCUUGGAAGGUUGCUUUCUGCAGGAUUUGCUCUACUUGGCAUUUCUUUCUUUGCACUACCUGCUGGCAUCCUUGGUUCAGGAUUUGCACUGAAAGUGCAGGAACAGCAUCGUCAGAAACACUUCGAGAAAAGAAGGAAUCCAGCUGCAAGUCUAAUUCAGUGUGUAUGGCGUAGUUAUGCUGCUGAUGAGAAAUCGGUUUCUAUUGCUACCUGGAAGCCUCAUUUGAAGGCCUUGCAUACCUGCAGCCCUACAAAAAAAGAACAAGGGGAAUCUUCUAGCAGUCAAAAGCUAAGUUUUAAGGAGCGGGUCCGGAUGGCCAGCCCACGAGGUCAAAGCAUUAAAAACAGGCAAUCUUCAGUCGGAGAUCGCCGGUCACCAAGUGCUGACAUUGCCACCGAAGGCAGCCCAACCAAAGUCCAGAAGAGCUGGAGCUUCAAUGACCGAACACGCUUCAGGCCCUCGUUGCGGCUCAAGAGCUCCCAGCCCAAACCCAUGGUUGAUGCUGACACCAGUCUUGGAACAGAUGAUGUUUAUGAUGACAAAGGGUGCCAGUGUGAUGUGUCCGUCGAAGACCUCACCCCUGCUCUUAAAACUGUCAUUAGAGCUAUCAGAAUUAUGAAGUUUCAUGUUGCAAAGAGAAAGUUCAAGGAAACGCUUCGCCCAUAUGAUGUCAAAGAUGUCAUUGAACAGUAUUCAGCAGGUCAUCUAGACAUGUUAUGCAGGAUUAAGAGUCUUCAGUCACGUGUUGACCAAAUUCUUGGAAAAGGACAAAUCACAGCAGAUAAAAGAAGCAGAGAAAAGAAUCCUGCAGAGCAUGAGACAACAGAUGACGUCAGUAUGUUAGGGCGGGUAGUCAAAGUGGAAAAACAGGUACAAUCCAUUGAGUCAAAACUGGACUGUCUAUUAGAUAUUUAUCAACAAGUUUUACGAAAAGGAUCUGCAUCUGCGCUCACUUUGGCUUCAUUUCAAAUGCCAGCUUUUGAGUGUGAGCAGACUUCUGAUUAUCAGAGUCCAUCAGACAGCAAAGAUUUGUCUAAUUCUGCACAACUUAGUGGAUGUGUAUCCAGAUCAGCUAGUGCCAAUCUGCCUCGUGGCCUACAGCUUAUACUGACACCAAAUGAAUUUAGCACUCAGGCUUACUAUGCUUUUAGUCCAGCUAUGCAUAGUCAAGCAACACAAGUGCCAAAUGAUGGACCUGCAACCGUUAAUAAUACAUCAAACCAAAUAAACCAGACAACUAAGCCAGCAACUCCGACAACAUUACAAAUACCACCUUUCUCAUCGAUGAAGCAUAUCAAUAGGCCUGAGCCCAUUCAUAUUAUUCCUGUAACCACACAGGAAAAUAUUUCUAAUGUCACCGCUUGCCUUGUUGCAUCAAAGGAUAAUGGACAAGUUGCACAGCCUAGUGCAACAAAGGAUCUCACAUGGAGAAAAAGUCUGGAUACAGAAGGGGAACCUUUGCUCUCAGUUAAACCUGUGGUGCAAAUGGAUUUAGGAAAAUCUUUAUCUGUACAAAACCUUAUACAGUCAACAGAAGAACUGAAUAUACAGAUUGCUGGCAGUGACUCCAGUGGUUCCAGAGGUAGCCAAGAUGUAUACUCCAAAUGGAGGGAGUCAAAAUUAUUUAUAACAGAUGAAGAGUUGGAGACAGAGGCAGGGACAGAGAGUACUGAAGCCAUCUCGCGCCCAUUAGUGGAAACAACUCUCUCUGCUGACUCUCUAAGGACUGGAAUAUCAAGAUCAUCUCAAAACAUCUGCAAGCCAGGGGAUGGUACAGAAGCCCUCAAUCUGCUCCACGUCAAACUCAAAUAACUUCUGGCUUUCUUCAUUGGCUGGGUCAUUCCUCUAGUCAUACAUAUAAUAGCAUGAACUGUUUUGAAAGCCUUUUUAGUGAGAUAAAAUCACAAAAAUCAGGAUGAAUCUGCAAAGCAGUUGAAUGAGCCCAUAUUUCCUAGUUGCAUGAAAAUGCAUGUCUAAACAAUGGCUAACAUCCAAAUUUACACCUACAGUACAGCAGCCUUUCAUGUAGUACAGUAGGUUUAAAUAAUGAGUUGCCUACAAAGCUAAUGCUGCAGGAUGUAUCAAAAAACAAAAAUUUGAGAAUUUAGACCUUGCGCUGUUUCUAUGGGGCAGAAGAAAAAAUCUUAAGGUUUAAAGCACUUUGCUUCUGAACUAAUUAAUUAUAUAUAUAUAAUGUCCUGAUUUAGAUGACAGUUUACGUUUACAACAAAAAGAUUAUCUACAGCUGCUAGCAAGGUACCAAGGAAAUGAGUAACAUGGGGUUAGAAAUGGCUGCCAGUCGCAAGAUGCACACAUUAACUCAUCAGUAAUCAGUUAUUUUUAGCUCUGAAGAACAGUAUGUUAAUAUGUGAUUUUUGGUGAUUUAGUGCUGUGGCAGAUGUACCUGACACACCACUGUCACAUUGUUCUUUAUAACAAGAAUUAUUUUGUUACAAAAGGUUUGUAUUUUAAGGAUUGGGUCUGGCAUCAGAAGAGGAUAAUGUGGGUGACUGCACUGAAAAUUCAAGGGAAUCUCUCCUUCUUCCAGUCUCAUUGAGAAGCUGACUUGUGAAUCUGAACCAUUCUGGCAGCAGCAUGUGAGGGAAGGAAGCAGGUGCUGCCUUUAUUGUAGAAGCAAUAUUUCCUUCUUGUGAAAAUUUUGACAAUUUUCCUUGCAGUCCCAACCUGAUACUACAACAGCACUUCCAUAAGGUUGGGCAAAAAGGGAAAAUGAGGAACUGAAACACAGAGUAAAACUAAAGAGGACAGAACAGGAAGGAGAAAGACAACACAAUAAUUAGAAAAAAAAUAAAUAAUAAUAUGGAUAUAGAUGGGCAGGAAGGGAAAUCAUCCUAGAAAAUAAAACAAAAAAGGUAAAGAAGGAAAAAGUUACAUGGUUUUUUUUUUUCACAAAUAUUGAAUGUUAUUUUAAAGGAAAAAAAAACCACAAAAAAAGAAAAAAACCCAUGCAGGCAAUCAGAAAUAGAAACAGAAGUAGAGAAAACCAUUUAACUAAAAAAAAAAUAAAUAAUGCAAGAGCUUGUUGCUUUUUUAAUAAAAGGGGAAGAGGAGAGAGGGAAAAUGGUCCCACUCUUGUAGCUCAACACUGUGUCCCAACUACAAUCAUUUCUUGUGAACUUUCCAACACAGGACUCUCAGACCCUUUCCUGCUAAAACCCAAGUUUUCAAAUUCAAAGCCUACAUCAGACUAAGCAUUCCUACCUGAUACAUCCUCUUUUUUAUUCCCACUUUAGCCUACACUUCACUUCUGCUGAGGUGCAGGAGCAGUGUUAGUGCCUGCCUGCACAUCCCCAGCAAGGCUUUGCCACUGGGGGAACCCUUGCAGAGCCUAAUCAGGCUUCCACUCUUCCCAGCUGAAUGAGGUUUCUGUGUGUGCCUCCUGCCAGAUUCACACCUCACCUGCACCACAGGCUUGUAGACAACCCAGCUUGGGCCCAGCUUCCCUCUAGCAGCAGGAAUACCAAGUGUACGGGUGUGCCAGUGCCAGCUCACUCAGGGCAGUGUUCUCUCAAGGUCCAGACCCGCUGGGAACUCGCUAUGUGCAUCAAAAAAUCACUUCAGUCUUAACCGUGGCUAAAUGCUGUAGAUUGUAUUGUGAAGGAGCUGAUCUGUUUACUAUGAAACCAUUGUAAGUUCUGCUUCCAUUUGCUUUACCGAAGUAUUGCUGGAUGUUAUAUGACAACUUUAUUAUGUGAAAGUACAUGCAAACUGUAGAGUGUAUAUAUUGUGUCAUUAUAUGGGGUCCAUGGAUGGUACACUGUGUUCCAUGGCUUAUGCCGGAGCAAACUUCAGUUGUUAAAUCCUGAAAGACGCCUUGAAGCACAAUUUCCUCACCGCUGAUUUGCCAUAUAAUUCACCACAUUCAGCCUUUCCUUUUUCUUUUAUGUGCAAUCUGACCAUACCGAAGCCUGAUUACAACAGCAAUUUUGUGAGGAUAAAUACAUUUUUUUUCCACAUCUCAGUUCACUUAACUGUUAACUUAUUUGAAUGUCUGCUGUUUAUCCAGACAGACAUGUAAGCUUAAAGUAUUGAAAAUUUAAAAACUGAAAUUGUUUUUUAGGCUAUUUUUUCCUUUUUCCUGUUUAUGGUGCCUUUCUUGCCUUUCAUGUGAAGGCUCCUGCUGACCUAAGCAAAAAUGUGCAGUUAGGUUCAGUUAAGGAGCAAGCGACUGGGCACAAGGCAACUGUGUGUCCAUAGUGAAACUCCCUUCCCCUCGAUGAGAUAGAAAAACCAAGGCAUCAUGAAUUGGACACCACUCUUCCACCUUCAUCUGCAGGAGCAGAUGGUUGCAACCCCAUUGCACCCAGAAGGCGUCGAUGGGAGAACUGAGCAAUGGCCCUGCCUGCUCUGAUUCCACACAGAAACAGGGCCUUGGGGUUUGCUGAUAAUUUAUCUCACAGAAACUUGGUAUUUUUGCCUUAAAUGACAUGCUUGAGUCCUUCUAACUUUAAGUUAAUUUAUUUAAUACAAUUUUGUGCACAAAAGAAUGAGUUCUAUAAAUUAUGUAUGAAAAUAUUAAUGUCUUUACAAAGUACUGAUAAAUCCAGAAGAUCAUAUCUUUUCAAAUUAAGGUUUAAAAUUCUAAUUUUUUUUCUUUUAUGCUCACCAUUAUUAUUAUUUUUGUAGAUGCAAGUCUUAUCAUAUAGGGUUUUUUAACAUAAUAUUGAUAGAAAAUAGAAAGAGUAGUGAAUAUAUGAAAUUUUAAAGAGGAAGAAUUGUUUGUUUGGAUUUUUAUAAGCUUUACUCGAAUUUCCUCAUGCGGAGUUUCUAUGCUCUCUCUUUAAAAGACAGUGUCACGACUGACAGUCAUUCAUUGGUUUCACAAAAGAAGAGCCUGUCGGACUUUUCAGGUUUUGUCCUGAGCUCCAUAUUAAAGUCCAGCUCAUGACAACUAAUAAAAAUUGUUCAUGAGUCAGGACAAAGAAUAUUUUUUUUCUGAUUUACAAUCCACUUGAAUUGUUUGAAGACAGAAGUUGAAAUUAAGUAAGAGCUUCAGGACUCAAGCCUUAUCUAAAUAACUGUUUUCUGGUCAGCAUCUUCUUCUACCUGAAUGAAGAGAGAGCUGAAAAGAAUGGUUUAAAUUACUAUUAUUUGUUCAAAAAUUUGUAUUUGCUCCUGGCUUAUAUGAUCUAUACUUUUAUUUAAAUAUUAAUAUGAUGUUUUAGCCUAGGGUUCAAGAUUGCAAAGAUCAUACACUUUUAUUUACAGUGCCCACAGUUGCUCCAUAUGUUUUUGAGAUACUCCUACUUAGAGUGACUGCUCUCAUUAUAGUAUGGUGAUAAGUAACUCACCUGCUUUUCUGUGAUAAGUCAAAUCAUGCUGAAUUGCUGAUAUAUAGUAGAACAUCUGAUGUACAGUAGUAUUUCUGGAUUGGGACCUGCAAUCCUUACUCAAGCAAAAAUUCUAUGGAAUUCAUUCAUUCUAUGAAAUUCAAGAAUUUUUCUUGAAUUGGGAACUCAGAUUCAAAUCCUGAUUUUGUUGGGCAUCUGUUUGGAGUGAAAAUGGUAAUAUUCCAGUUAUUUCCUGAGGAAACUAAUACUUAGCUGAAUUUACCCUUGUCACAUUGACUAUAUAAAAAAUAACGCACAAAGUACUGAUAUAAAAAGGAGAGAAGGGACAUUUUUAAAAAGCACAGAGAAAAUCAGAAUAUUCAGAAAAUAGGAAUAAGCAGGAAAAAAAAUUAUAAGAGCAAAGGAAUGGAGAAAAAAGGGGUUUAAACACCUGAGGCUAAAUUCAUCCUUGGAUGGCUUCACUGACUUCAAUGAAUUCACUGCCCAACUGGGUGAAGCUCAGCCUCCAUUGGGAUAAUCAGACUCAGUUCCACUGAUCUGACAGGAACAGAACCACCUCUACUAGAACUUGCCUCUCUGGGCCAACUUUUAUCCUGACUUAUAUGUCAUGCAAUCCUUUCGGAUUCACUAGGUUUGAAUGAAAUACAGAAAAGAAUUUGUCCCAGGUAUUUCUGCUUCACAUUUUUUUUCCAAGUGUGUUAAUUGACUUUAUUCAAAUGGAUUACAACAUCACACAAAGUGCUGUCACUGUCUAAAAAGAUUAAUUUGUUUUUGAAAUAAAACUUGUCCCCUGCAACGUCAGUGGAAGCAUGUAAUAUUUUCCUGUCCAUUCAUCUGGACACAAAUGUGGCCAUUCAUUCAGCUGUGGCCACACAUAGGACAAUUCCAGACAUAUCCAAGGUCAUCUGCUAUUGGAAGCAUUUUUGACUUCUUUGAAAGACACAAAGUUUUGCAGCAGGCUUAGAAAGCAUGAUGGCUGCUUCCACUGACACUGCAACAUUAGCCAGUACAUUACAAUGUUAAUUGUAAAUUCUUGACGAAGUUGAAUCCAUAUUGUUGUUAAUAAAAAUGACUUGAAAAGUA